AUGUCCCGGCAUGGCCAAACACGCGAAGACCAGUACGUCGGCCCAUACAGGUUAGAAAAAACUCUUGGAAAGGGCCAAACAGGUAAUUAUCUGUUCACGACGCACUAGUUAAAUGACAUGUAAAGGUCUUGUAAAAAUGGGAGUCCAUUGCAUUACCGGAAGGCGGGUUGCAGUGAAAAUUGUCAAUAGGGAAAAACUAAGCGACAGUGUGCUUCAAAAGGCACGCGUACAUUUUUCUUUAUAUUUGAAGGUGGAACGAGAAAUAGCAAUUAUGAAGCUAAUUGAGCAUCCGCACGUUCUUGGUUUGUACGACGUUUACGAAAAUAGACGCUACCUGUAAGUUUUCUUUCGCGAUACUAAACUGUAGGUUUUUAAUUCUGGAGCACGUAUCAGGCGGUGAGCUGUUCGAUUAUUUGGUUAAAAAAGGACGGCUCUCGGUCAAAGAAGCAAGGCGUUUCUUCAAACAAAUCAUAUCUGCUAUCGACUUUUGUCACAGUCAUUGUAUUUGGUAAGCGCGUUGUGUCAACUAUUUUAUUUUGUUUGGAAAACCUAAAGAGGUUUGCUCAAAUCAAAUGGGCUGCCACACUGAUGUCGAUAAAGUAACAUGGCUGCCUGAAUUUCAUAACACAGACAAUAAAAUGUCCAGUAGAACGUUCAGACCUAGCUUUUGAGUUGCUCCGCAAAAGUUUAUAAACAUUUAAAUGUAACUGAAUACCUGACGACGCUUUAUUAUAUUUAAAUUUUUCUUUAUUGUUCCUCUGCAUGCCUUGAGUUGAAGCCUGAGUAGCCAACUUUUUUUACCCAAUGCGCGUGUCAUUUGUCUGAGAACAUAGCAGAAGACAAAUUUUGCACGUCGUUCAGUUUCAUUUUUGAACUGGAAAUAGUGGAGGAUGUUGACAGUUAUUUUUAAAUUUACAGUUUCAUUGUACCGAAAGGACUACGGUUUGCUUUAUUGUCACUAUCGUGUCCUCUCUUAAUUAAUAACUGCGAUCGCAAAGUCGCCGCUUUAAUGUAUUUUUGUCCGUAAUGUUAUUUUAUUUAUGAUGCUAGCCGCUAAAAGGAUGUUGGCGGGACCCGACAUCGAACGGCAAGGCACAACCAGACGAGUUUGUUUCGUAACGCGUCCGGAGAGUACCCUUUCUAUCAUUGCUAAUAUACCCGAUCUCCACCGGCAGCACAAUUGGCCUGUGAUUCAGUGAUUAGGACGUUGGGCUUUCAACCAACAUGUCGGGGCUUAGGGGCUCAGGGGUCGAAAAAAAUGGACGUCGGUUAUGACUGACCAAUGACCCCCCAAUAAGUCAGAAAUGGCCAUCCAAGUCUCCCUUACCUUUGUCGAUAUGUAUAAAGGACCGAAGUGUUACAUCAUGGAUCCAUUAAUCUGUUUUUAAAAGAUAACACCAGCACGCUGAUCAGCUUGAAUGGCAACAAAUUUGAGCGUGUGCGCUAUGAGCGACCGCAUCAUAAAGAUUGCCAAAUCGUAAUGCAAGGCCUGUCAACAUGAGGCGGGCAAGAGGGGUCUUGUUUAUAGGCAAACUUCAAACGACUUUUCGGUUAUAGAUUUAUUUUUUAUUGCUUGGUAGCCCCAUUCAAAAAUCGCACUAGGCACUCAGGACGACUUCGCGAGCGCAUGAGUCACAGAAGCCCUUUGUCUAUGACUUAUAAACUUAUGACUGAAAUACUCAUUGAAAGCCAAAAAUAUAUAGCGUAUUCUAAAAGUCAAAGCGUGUGACAAGGAUCUAUUAGGAAGUACUACAUAUGCACAUGCUUAACAGACGUAUAUAAUCAUAGGCGUUUGGAAGGGUGAGCUUGCUCGUGCAUAAAAAUUUCAAGUUUUCAUAGAGCGUGGUCCCCACAGCACAUGCUCCAAAAAACCUCUUUUUACUUAACUGCGUUUUACUAAUUCAUUGACGUUUACUUUCGAGCUAUAAACUUACCGACACGAACACAAGACCUUAUGCUAGGCGUAAAAUAUAUUAUUGCAAUAUAUCACAUCAUUCUGCAGAAAUUCGCGUUCAUUCCACCUGACUUUGAAAACAUGCAGGUCUGUAUUCCUGUACGGCAUUUGAUACAUAGGUUUACCACUUUUGCUAAUUUUUACAAGAAAAUUACCGCCCAAAAUUAAUUGCUGUUCUACCAAAGCGUUCUUGAAAAAUUCACAUUUUGACAAAGCCUAAUUUAUUACGUCAAAUUUAAUUGCUUUUAGCCACCGCGAUCUUAAACCGGAGAACCUUUUGCUUGACAGCAAACUCAAUAUUCGUGUUGCCGACUUCGGUAUGGCUUCGCUUCAACCCGAGGGAUCGAUGCUCGAGACUAGUUGCGGGUGAGUUUGCCGUUCAGAUUUUGAGCAUUCUUACAACAAAUAAACAAAGGCACUUGGUUUUUUUUAAUGUCGUCCACAGCUUGAAAGUAAACAGUUGGAAAAUUAUUAAAGAGUUCAUUGUUGGCUUUCUUCGUGCUGACAACUAGUUAAAAGACUAAUUAUGCAUUCAAUAACUAUGAGAACGGAGUGUGCAGUUCUUAGAUAAAUUGACUCAUGUAUUGAAAAACUAACGGCAACCGAACCUUCUUCUAAUUUGUUCUACCCAGCUGAGUGUAGCAUGCACAUGUUAUUAUUGCUUCGAGCCUAUCUCAAUUCUUAAAUUUAUUGGUACGCAGCAGCAAACAACAUUGGUCCGUCAUUUUUUAAAGUGAACUUUAAAUAACUCAAAGAGCGAGAUUUUAUUAUUUUCGACUGAAUUAUUUGACUCGAAUAGGAUAAGACCUAUUUCAAGUUUGUUUGUCAUCUGACGUUUACUAUAAGUAACCUACCGUCGGGCAAAAGAACGUUACCGUGACUUAAAAAUGUGGUAUUUUAGCCACACGUUUGUUUGAAAGUCGCAGCAGGUGACAAGGCAGUAAGAUUGAAAAAAAUGGAAUUGUUAGCAAAAACAACUCACUUUAGACGCUUCUUUUUCGGGAACAAGGCUAAAUCCCGUAGGUGUAUUCCUACUACUUAACGCCUGCUCCACAUUAUGCUGAUCGAGUCCCUGUACUGCAAUAAUUAAUAAAAACAAGCUGACACAACUUUACCGAACGUAUGGGACACAAGGCAAAGUCUGCGUAACCAUUUAUUCGUAUUAAAACAUCAAGGUGUUUUGAUAAUAAAAUACGAGUUGUCUGAAUUUGAUCACAUUUUAAAAACUUUCAAACCGUUAGAGAAACUUGGUUAGUACGUCUUCGAGACCUUAGUAUGUCUUUCAAGAUCUGCUUUAGGGCUGACUAUGGCGGCCAAACCACGCAAAUGCUCUGCGGAGGUUUCUCGUAGUCAUAGCGUUUAUUUUGUUCUUUUGGAAAAGGCCUUGCUUACAGCUUACUGCAUUUAUAUGUUGGUUCUCAGAACACCACCGGAUGAAGGUAACACCCAUUGUUUCGCUGGGUUUCUAGAUAGGGCGCAAACUGGGAUGGCUAGAAUUCGACUACCAAAGCAGUGCCCGGAACUUCACCUAAAAUAAAAACGACCGCGCAUUUUAAAAGUACAUAAACAACAAGAAUUUAGUACCUAAAUAGGAAUGAAAGAAGUUAAUAUUUGAUUAAAUGGCUGCCCCAGCUACAGGCCUUCUCGGGUUUGGAAAUCAGGAGUCGUCAACCAAUGACGACAGACACGGUAAAAACAGCCAAUCCAUUUUGCUUCAUCAUUCCCAUUAUCCAUUCUGCAGAAUUGGGGUGUGAACUUGAGCUGGCAGUUUAACUCCGAAGUAGUAUAUUGUGAUAUGUUAUCGACUAACAUGCCCGGCGGUUGUCAAGUGUGACUCAAAUAUCCUUGUGGUUGCAAAAGGUUGACAUAGGUUUUUCAGUAAAGAAGUAACUUGCUUUUGAUGCUCAAUCUCAUGAAAUUGUUAUAAAAAUUAUGAAACAGUCUUUGACUACUUAAGCGGGGUGGUAAGAUGAAAUAUUAUAGAAAGUAAUCUUAAGAUAUUUCAGUCACGCCAGGACGCCGGCUUUUGAAAGGACUUCUCUCCGGUCGCCUGUAAAAACUGCGUUCUGUAAAAAGUGACAACUUGGAUGGUUUUCGAUGCCUCCAAAGUUUAAAUGCAGUCUGCAGUCCACAUGCAUAAAACAUACUUUUGUUCUUAAUUUGUAAACGACCAUCCCUCCUCAGAAUUAUAUACUGGGGAAACGGAUACCGAUUGGUUUUAAAGACCUUUUCGAAUUUCUAAAUAAUGUCGAACUCAAUCUACGAUUGUACUUUCACUCAGGAUUUCCAAACUGUAAGCUGUGCAUUUUCGUGCAUGAAAAAUCAUAAAUCUCUAUAUGCUAUUAAAAAGACAGCAUAAAGGGCUUGUAAAGUUUUCGAAUGGAGGUGGAUCAUAAGAACCAUUUGUAAACCGAAGGGUACGAGGUCCCAUGAAUGGACAUCUCACUGCCUUAAAUAAUUUCGUAAUAAGAAACCCUUUUCUCAAGCGUCAAAUUUAAAGAAGAUGCGAUUUUCCGCAAAACAACUACCAACAUAUUUUAUGGGUGUUUUCUUAAGAUUAUACUUGGCUUUAUCAAAAGAUCAAAAACCAUUAGGAAAUUCAAGCUACUUAGUUGGCCACACUUUGGAGAAUAUUUUGUGCAGACGAUCACAAAGAAGUAUGCUCGAAUGGUGGCAUUCUGGCGCCACUGAAAUUUUUUGGGAUUAUGCCGCACGAUACUUAAUAUAAAAAGCCUGCUUAGGUAAUCUUUUCGGAUCAGAAACACAUUUUAGAAUUUCAGUUAACAUUUAUACUAUACGCGAUGGCUUAAUGUAAGACACCGCUAGAAUUAAAAAAAAUUAUCUGUAGUAGCACUACUCGCUGAUAUUGAACCGGCAGUUCGAAACAAUCGUAUCAGGCAGUUUGCAGGCUGUCUAUAUAAGGACUAAAUUGCCAACAAAGGAACAGCUAACGUCUUCCUUCUUUGUCUCUCCGUCUCAACGCGAAAGAAAAUGACAGUCCCAGGAGAAAUUAAUGUGAACUCAUUUCCGCCUGCAUUCACCUCUAACUCCCUCUUUCUCUCUAUGGUUCGCUUUACCAAUUGGGCAUUGUUUAAGUUGAUAAGGUCGGCAGAUCCGGAUGCUGAGUAAUCUCUGCCCACGCGUUUUCAUCCAACACUACUCAAACUUCCAAAAUUAUAGUUAAGCCCAGUGUUCUCUCUCAUGCUCCCCAAGUAAUCAUCAGCAUAGGAAUAAUCCUUGUCCUCGACAUCAUCAUCACCACCACCAUCACCAUCAUCGUCGUCGUCCUUAUCGUCAUCAUCGUCUGCAACAGCAUCAACAGCAACUGCCAUCCCUCCUCCUCCUCCUCCUCCUCCUCCUCCUCCUCCUCCUCCUCUUCUUCUUUUCUGUUUUUUUCUGCUUUCCCUCUUGCCUCUUUUCCAAAACCCGCCCUACCGUCCACCACGCCUUCUGUUUUCAAUGUUUGGUUAAUCCAUCUACGGCAGAAGACCCGCAAGCUGCAGAACAAAGUUAGGAAAAUUAUUGAUUUACCAGUCUGUCUGGUUUGCUAUGCAUAUCGUCAAAGCAGUCUCGGAGUUGUGAAAUAUAAUGACUGCCCUAACUGAUAAUUUAUUUUCAGCGAUCCAGAUUUUACAUGUAUGGUGACCGGAUCAUUGAAAAUCUCCAUCUUUGUAGGAACCAACAAUGACUGGCCCAUGUCACCAAAUGUGGACUGAAUUUCUUAAAUGGGUUCUGUAUUAGAAAGGAUUAGAUAGGCCAUGACGUAAUAUUGAUAGGUACUUCAGUACAAGAGUCCUAACCAAGCUGAUGGAUAAUGCCCUGGAACUGCAGUAGGUUUGGUUAUGGAGAGCACGAUAACAGAACUCAAUGCUCAAACUUACUUUUGAUGAAAAGAAAACUGAGUUGUUGGAACUUGCAAACACUGUAAGCCAAAUAAGUAAACCUUUAGUGGGUAAAGCUGAAAGAUGACGGUACAAUCCCUGACAUCUACGCUUACAUGCUUAUUGCAUACGUCAGCUGCGUAGAUAUCUGUACCAGCUUAUCAGUCUCGAAAAUAAUACGUUCAACAAUAUGUGCAGCAUAUUCAUUUCUCUGGAAAAUAAUGCAUUUAGAAGCAUACACAUCUUACUUAUAUGAUUGGUUGUAAUGUACACCAUGAAAACCGUUGAAAUAGAAAACGUGACAGCUCUAUGCGAUGUAAUUAUGGACGGUUGCAUUUAUUGGUACGGUACAAGAGUAUUAGGGGCCGGUUUCAGUUCAACGCUCAGAAGGACAUGCACAGGUUAGGAAUGUUUUCCUUGAUCUAGAAUGCGAUUAUUGAGGCUGCUUAUGUGGGUACCGUUUCCACGGGCUCUAUAAACAAGAUAGAAUAUUGAGGUUGGAGAGGUGUCGGGGGUUUCCGCGUUCACGUAUUGCAGCACGGUUUGCCGGUGGAUUUCACUGGACUGGUUGCAUUUCAGCCUAACCGCCCGCCUUACUUUGUAUCCUCCAGCCUCUUUAAUGUAGGUUAUUUACAGGUAUUUUUCGAUUUAUCAAAAUGAGUAGGGUGCGCAGUCUGGACGAAUGCCUGUCCGAACACAUUUCACUGAGGGUAAUUCGCAUUAUUGGAGGCCAAAAUUGGUCGGCAUUAAAAAGCCCUACGCCUUUGAUAGUGCCUUCGGCGUAGUUCCAACGAACAAUGUGUACAGUAGGCAGUUUGGGAGGUUGUUGAUUUUACUCUCUGUGUACGACGUCUCAGGCCGUUUUUUACGUUUUCGAUCAGAAAAUCUUACUAAGGCAGGGUCAAAAGAUUGAUCAUCGUGCAGCAGACUCACGAGCUAUUUCACUCUCACCGGGAUACUGCCUUCUGAAAACGAUUUUUUUACGGCCGGCUGCAGAAAUCACACGCUGCAAAAAAUCUCAGCUUAUUAAGCAUGAAAUUUUUCCAUCGGUUUUGAAUUCCUAUAUCAAUUCAAAUAAGUUUUGUAAAAAAUGUGCAUAUUGUUUUAUUUUCUGUGUAUUUUUGGUAGGAAAUGUAUCUUCUUCAUACUUAGAACUUUAAAAAAGGACAUUUUUCAGCUUUAAAUACGUUUUAAAUUCCGGAAUACUAUUGAACCGACCGUCAGUUACACUGGCGUUCAGGGGUUCCAAUCGAUCUGAUGGAUAAUUUCCUUUGUAGGGAAAAUCCUGUAUUUCUUCGCUCUGUUUGGAAUACGUCGUAUAGAUGUCAUUAAAUUUUGUAGUGGCUGUAGACCAGGUUGUAUGCUUCAUAAGCAUCCAUAAUAAAGGGAUAAGUAUGAAAUAUCUGAACAAAAGAUUUUGCGGUUUAAAAAAAUCUCAUAUUCACAAACCUUUUUGCAAACACCAGACAUACAUUCUUUAAGUACACAGUUAAUUAAAGACACAAUUUGUCACUAAAUGGAUGCAAAAUGAAUUUAUUAUGCGUGUGUUCGCCAUAUGAUAUAUUUGGGCCUGUAAAAACGUCGAAAAAGAAUGGAAAAAUUAGUAUCAUACAGAUUUCAAUUUUUCUUCGAAUGUGGUUUUUAUGGGCAACCGGAAAAAAGCUUAUUCAAAAGCCGAAGUCCUGGAGUGACUCACGUGCCCUAGGGCUGUUCCACAAGAUGAUUAAUAUCGCGACAUCACCUUAACAAUAUCUCCUAGUCGGAAACAUAUUUUGAAAUUUUAGUUAACGUUUUUGGAGGGCGACCAGUCACUGUAUGUGGGAAACAUUUAAGCAAAUCCUUUUGGUUGUAGCAAUUCAGAGUGAAGAUUACUGUAGACGUCAUGGUCUUAUCAACCGCAAAUGCAUUCGAUCCUGAUAAUCAUUCAGGUGGAAGCGUUUUUAGGCUGUAACGGACACAGUAUGGUUGCGAAUUUGACAGGAAUUUCGUGUAUAAGGGAACAGAAGAGGGAUUGGGAGAAAUUAUGGGAAUAAAAGACGAAAGUAAAACACAGGAGCACCGAUCAACCCCGCUGUCCCAACAAUCGCUGCUUUCGACACUAAUAAAACAUAUUCGCGCGUGGACUGCAGUCCGCUGGGGUAAAUCAAAAGAUGAGCGAGAUUUAGUUAUUCGGGCGACAUACUUGCUCAGCAAAGGCUUCCGACAACGGUAAUGGAUGCUUCUUUCACUGCCACGCCUUAGUUGUUGGCAACAGCUAGAGCUCAAACAGGCAUCCACCAAUUGGCAGGAGGAAACAACCCUGGCGCCGACUGCGCAAGCACCUGUGUCCCACUUCCGUUGAGGGUCGGCCGGAGGCGGAAUUGAUCCAGCUUUGCUUUUUAUCUUCCCACUAGGCGCAUCCUACCAGCCGCUGAGUCCAGUCUAGUAGACGGCGGUAAAUAGUCCCUCGUCCCCGUAAACUACUUCCCUGUUUUUUUUCCUGUUCUGUUUCGGUACACCCCCCGCUAGAGAGAUUGUGAGCAAUUAUUUCUGUUUACUUGUUUUUUCUGAGUGGACGUCAAGUCUGGCUGCCAAGCAGAAAACUGACUACAUUUGUCAAGAAGCCAGAGGCUAGUUUAAGCUCACGUUUGCACCUACGGACGGGGCUUCUUGACUUGGUCUCUUCUGACACCUAAGCAGCCGGUUUAGUUGUGCUGAACGUCAGACCUAACAGAGCGCUUGAGAUAGUAACAAACUUUCGCAAGAAAAACCUCUUAAAGUACAACGAGGUUUGCUAAUGUUGGCAGAAAUAAACGAUCUAGGCAGUAUGUUAUUACCGACAAAGACAAGGAAAACUGGAAUGGCCAUUUUUGGCUUAUUAGCCGUCGUCAGCUAGUCAUACCCAAGCCCGAAGUGUGGAACACCCGAGCCUCGAACUCGCGACCUGUCAGUUAGAAGUCCACGCCUCUAACCACUGGGCCACGGGCCCGUUGCCCUGUCGGUUUCGAUCAGGAAUACACAAUGGCAGAGGACGCUCACCGUUCGUUCUUAUGGAACUCACUCGUUCCGCUGUGGCUUACGGGCUAUCUAUUGAGUCCAACCAGCAACCGCACAGCGGCGCAUAAUACAGGCAACGGGCUCGUGGCCCAGUGGUUAGAGGCGUGGACUUCUAACUAACAGGUUGCGGGAUCGAGCCCCAGGUGCUCCACACCUCGGGGUUAGCUGUGACUGGCUGACGACGGCUAAUAAGCCAGAAGUGGCCAUUCCAGUUUCCCUUGUCUUUGUCGGUAAUAAAAUACUGCCUAUAUCAUGUGCCGCUGUGUGGCUGCCGGUUGUGCUCGAUAGGGAGCCCGUAAGGCACAACAGAACGAGUGAGUUCCUUAAGGACGAUCGGUGAGCGCCCCCACCAUCAUAAAUAAACGGUGUUGUGCGAAAAGCCAACGUCUGCGUCAAAAACGCGAAACUUUGCAGGGGCUUCCCCUCCAAAUACACGUAUUCCACUUGGUGGCUCGGAGACUGAACCGAAGAAAUUACUAGUCAGUUUUUGCAGUAUGUUUAAACCGUCAACAUCUUUUUGGCAGAACUCGCAAAGUUAGAAGAGAAUUAAGUAGUACGAAUUACUGAGGAAUGCAGCUUAACCAUCUGAUUUAUCAGGUACCAUCACCCACACGUAAUUUGCAAUGACUUAUUUCCUCUUAGGAUGGUCAAACCCCUCCAACAUGAGUUUUUUGCCCAAAGAUUGUUUUUCUUGACGGCAUGUGAUCUUAAAACUCUUUUUACACCUUAAACGAAACUUUUAGAUUAGUAGCUUGAAGGGCUUUUAGGCGUUUACUUGAAAAUUAUGGCCAGGGCCUUCUUGGAUUACAGUUUUCAGUAACUAAAGUUAAACGCCCUGAUUUUCAAUCCUCAGAGUCAUCUGGAUCUGUCUGAUUAUAACAAUUCGCAACCAUUCUUGGAAAAUUGAUUUCCCAAUUAUAUUUAUGUGCGAAAUUUCGAUGAACAUAGUCAGUCAACCGAGGCAGUUUGCGAGGCAAACCAGAUCAAAUCGAAUUAGGUCUCAGAAGACAUGGCAGACAGCCUUGGCUGAGAGCUGAAAAGAAGGACAUUUAGAGUGCGGUUAUUCGAAAUGCAAAUGUUUGUCAACAAUUCAUGUUGCCCGUGCUGAGAAUCUAAACCUAGUUCGGACAUAAAUCGUCCAGCAAGUAAGCCUCUCAACACGAUAACAGAGUGCCUGCAUUUCUUAAGUACAAGAACCCGGCCGGGUUAACUAAAAAUUCGACCAAUCAAAAUCUACUGGAAACACGGGAAUGCGGUAUAGGGCUCUACAUUUGUCAUAGGUUUGUUCGUGGAAGGCACGGUAAAGAAAUAAACUUCAAAAACAUUUGUUUGAUGAUAUAAGUCCCUCGAAAGGAGAUUAGAAUGCUAGAAAUUGCAAACAACAAAAGCUAGAUCGGUAAAACUUUGGUAAGUAAAGCCGAAAGAUAACCGCCCAACGUUUAACGUACAUGCUUACAUGAUAAAUAUAUACGUCACCUGCGUAGAAAUUUGUAUUAGAUAAUCGGUCUCGAAAAUACUACGUUCGACAAUAUGUGUAGCAUAUUCUUUAAUCUGGAAAAUUAUGCAUUUAAAAGCAUACACGUUUAACUUCUUUGUUUGGUUGUAACGUAUACAAAUGAAAAACGUGACAACUUUAUAUGACGUAAUUAUAAGGAGUUACAUUUAUUGGUAUGGUACAAGAGUGUUAGGGGCAGGUUUCACUUCAAAGCUCAGAAGGAAAUGCACAGGUUAGAAAUGUUUUCGUUGAUCUAGAAUGCGAUUAUUGAGGCUGUUUAUGUGGGCACCGUUUCCACGGACAAUAUGAACAGGAUUGAACACUAAGGUUGGAGAGAUGUUGGGGGUUUCCGCGUUCACGCGUUACAGUGCAGUCUGGCAGUAGAUUUCAGUGGACUGAUUGCAUUUCAGUCUAACCGCCUGUCUUACUUGGUGUCCUCCAGCCUGCUUAGUGCAGGUUGUAGAGAGAGGCAUCUUCUGAAUUAUGAAAAUUAAUAAGGUGCGGCGGUCUGAACGAAUGCCUGGCCGAACACAUUCCACUGAAAGUAAAUCACAUUACCGGUGGCCUAAAUUGGUCGGCAUUAAAAAAACCCUACGCCUUUGAUAGUGCCUUCGGCGAAGUUCCAACAAACAAGAUGUACAGUAGGCAGUUUGGGCGACUGUUGAUUUUACUCUCUGUGCACGAUGUCUAAGAGCGACUUUUGUUAUAUAUCUCUUGAUAGUCUAUUGAACAUUAUUUAUUCGUCCCUGGUUAUUUGGAGUCCUAACCGAGUGGCGUUACUGAGUCGAGAAACCUGUUAAGGAACGAGACUUCAUUGCGUGGAAUUUGUCCCGCCGUGUCUCUAAAUUAAACGACCAUCCGUCUUCAACUUUGCCAUGUAAAUAUUUUUGUAUUAGAGGACUCUGCAAUAACUAGGUGAAUAGUAAUAUAAAGACCGUCUUCGGCGCGCGGUGGCCGAUUUUGGAACCAAUUUUGAAGUUUUUCAAGUGUAACUGCACUGUCCACAUGCGCGAACAUUCGACAGCUUUAAGGGGUUUGUUUUUGUAAGUCCGCCCCACUAACAUCAUUGCACAUGAUCUCUCCUCCUUUAAAGAAUAAAAGACAUAAUAGUUGUAUGUUUAAGUGUAAGAAGUCGUCGAUCGUUCCUCAUUGAUGUCAGCCAUUCUUUGUCUGGAAUAAAACCAAUUAAUACUAAUUAAAACCCCGCUCCUUGGAAUCCCACAUCCUUUCCCUCUGUUAUUGGACAAGUGUAAAGAAGAGCUAAAGUUACAGAUUAUGUGUGGAUUUUUGUCGAACAUUAUUUCGCAUAUUCCGAAAACACCAACAUACUGUAUGCUAUCAUAGCUGGACAUUGAGAUUGAAAUUGGUAGCACCAGCGAAAUUUCGUGCUUCCUAUUUUUGGUCAAACACUUGGAGUCAGGUGACUUAGGGGUUCGAAACAAAUUGUGACAACGAGACCGAUAACUUGCUUACUCAAUCGUAAAUCCAAGUUUAUCCCUUGGAGGCUUAACGGAGUCAGUAGGGUCAGGUACUGUCAAGUGCUUCCUUCCACGAUCCGCAAUCCUAUCCCCCUUUGGUUGACAGGUUCGGACAGUGGACGGGAAGGAGAAGAGAGGGCGAGUAUGAGGUCGACCCUGGUACCUCCAUCCCUACAGCACUCCAGCUCAAACCUCACUAUUAAUCAAUCAGACGCGCAUGAAUAUGUCAUGACGCGCCAAGACUCGUGGCUUACAAGUUUACAGACUGACGGGAUAAAUCGGUCCUCCUGGUGAGUGUAGCGGGAGGGACUGGAGAACUGGGAGCCAGGCUUAAUGGUUUCUUCCUAAUGCAGUCUCUAUUUACAUUAUCAAAUAUACGAGGACCGAGCAGCCCCCAGUUAUGGUCUGGCACAUGUAUCUGAGGCCAGGUCGUGUGUGGCACGCGUAGAGAAGUCGUUUGGCUUCCCCACUACCUCUGAUCGUCUGGACACUGUCUUGCCGUCAGGGCAAAGUGGGUGAGGAAUGUGUGUGAGAGAGAGGGCGGUAAGUACUGCGCUGGUCUGCCCCAACAUAAAAUGUUUCACGCGCCAGAAACCAAUGCGCCUACUCCGUGCGGCACUCAGUGAACGUCGUUGCUUGCGGCUGUCGAGCUGCCACUAACAUCCACUGCCCCGAUGCCUCGACAGCAAUUAAAGCAGUAGGGUCCAGAAGACCCGCAUUUUUUGACGACUGGAUCAAUCUCGAACGGUGCGAAUGUCAGACGCCAAGGCCAAAAGCAACAUGGGCGACGGCAACUCCUGGCAGCUUCGCCGGCAAACACGUAGCUGCGAUGAACGCCAAAACGUUGAAUACUAACAUCAACAAACCCCUGUUCAAAAUUAUAAAUUCGCAAAGCGGGUUCAAUUCAAAAGGUGCAAAGUAGGCGAAGUAUAAAAAACCUGCUUGAAGUAUAUGGGCAGGCAAGUGUUCACGAAGACUGGAGAAUCUCCGAAACAGACCCACAGAAGCAAAAUAAGACUGACGUACAAGUGCUGCGAUCCGGAGUUCAUACAAACAUGUCCAUAGAGUGUUCCUGCGGCGUGUUUCACUUACCCUUUCCUGGACAGUGCUCUUUUUAUUUAAAAAACUAGAGAGCCCAAAAAAGAAGAGUACGAAUAAUUAAAUAGAACCGUGAGUUUUUUGAGUAGCUGAUUGAACCAAACCCCUAUGACACCGCCCUGCUGAUUGGCUAUGAUUCACAAUCCUGCAGCUCUUCCACCAAGUUUUUUUCCAAUGCACAAGGCCUGUUUUUUGCCUAGCUGUCCGCCGAAAGUAAUUACAAGUUAGACCUCUCCAACGCUCUGAGCCAGGUCGCCGUCUGCCAACGUUCUUCUAAUAUUUCGGCAGGUUUCGGGCUGGUUUUCUGCAGAAAAUGGUGCCCGUUAGCGGUGUCUCCAGCAGUCUACAGUCUACCCUGACGCUGUCCCGCUACCGGUUUGCCGACAUCCAAAGUUAGAUGUAAAAGCCUACUGAGUCGGCCGAUAGGUGACUAGCGGCAAAACAGACUAAAAUGGACCGAACUUGCGCCACUCAUGGUGGUCGAUGUUUCACCAAUCUUCAUUUAUUUAUACUCAAACGGGGGCAGGAGGAGGAUGAGGCCGUCUUGCGGCGUGUUCCAGCUAACCCAAUUUGACGAGCCCUCCCCAUGGGAAACUCCUGAUUUGGGACCGUUAUACAAAAUGCAGUUACAUGCGUUUCAAGCACUUGACAAGGAGGCAUGGGAGCAAGCGGAUUUGGUUGUUCUCGAUUCUCCUCAGAGAGAAUAUCAGAGGACAUAGUAAAGGUCAGAUGUGGUUAUGUAGUCACACUUGAGGUAAACAAAACCCAGCCACCUGCACUAUGGGACCGGUGGUAAUAGGGGUUUUUACAGAUGGGGCCGGAGAACGCACAGGCAAAGAGGUCAAGUAAUUGUAUGCAAAAGAAAAGCUGUUGGGAAUGCGCGGUUUGAGAAAUAGCUGCCCUAAAUCCUAACCCAUAACCCUUACCCCAAGCUCUAACCCAAGCCCCAAUCCUAGCCCUUAUCCUCUAACUCUAACCCCUAACCCUAACCCUUAACCGCAGCCCUAAACCUUAAUCCUGGAACGCCGAACACGACAAUUAAGAAGGACCACAAGCAUCUGGCCGAAAAUGGUAGACACGGCAACAAAGAAACAAGGCCGCCAACAGAACACACACCCCAACGCACACCAACGCCAUCCCAACGUAAUCAGACCAACUCAAAAUAAUUAAGUAGGUGAACAGUAUUGUGUCCAUCAGGUGCGGCUACAUAACAACAACUUAUCGACAUAAAUAGUAAUGCACUCCAGAACAGUGCGACUCCUUCUCCAUGCUACAACUUGCUAGCAUACCCCAGGUUUUGUGCGACAGAGGAUUUUGAUGCUGCCAACAGACCUUACGAUGCCAAAUAUAGUGAACUUGCCAAACCUGGCUAAAUGGGUGAAACCUUCUAGACUCAAUUUUUGUGAGCCAACGCCGGACACAAAACAGAAUAGAACUCACAGAAGAGAUGUGCACGAAGCAGAGGGAAUGAGGAGGUCACACCAGAUGCAUGUUUUAAGACACCAAGGCCAGUAUCGUCUGCGACGAUCAGACGAUUUAUUUACUCUACGUGAAAAGACAGCACGGCUUUGAGAGUGACCUUUAGGUGAUAUUACUUGCAAUAGUGGACACCGACUGUCAAGUGACUUCACUGGUAGCGCAUGAUGUUGCCUCAGCGCAUACUAUUUUACAGAAGUCAGGACGAUAAGAGGGAUUUUUGGCGAACCGUACUGAUUUCGAUCCCUCGAGAUCACAAUACUCGAAUUGAACGUGCCAUAACGCAACACUGAAACAGACGGAAUUUCCACUGCCAAUCGAAGACGAAGAGUUGAAUUUGAAUCCUGGAAGUAAUAGGCUAUCACUUUAAAUAAAAGGUGACAGUGCACACAAUUUAUUUCAAACAAUCAUCGCACCACGUACUGCCAUCUACGCUGGAUGUGCGAACUGGUAAUUUUGACAGGUAUAUCGUCGCAUAGCCAUUUAAAACUGUAUACGCACAUCCCUUUUGCAUUAAUUACCCUUAUCUGCUGCUAUCUCUGAACGCAAAAGAAAAGUCAGACAAGUAAAAUUCUUAAUCCGUCAAUCGGGCCUCCUCCUUAGUUGUUCUCUAGGACACGUUUUCUCACUCCUAGUUUAAGCACACUCCAGAACAAGAUCACUUAACAUCUGUUGAAUUUGUUUCCACUUACGUAGACCUUCUAGAAAACUCUCCUCUAUUGGAGGCACAAACACUAAGUAUCUGAUAAGUUGUAACCUUUAUGGGCCGAAAUAAACGUCUGAAUCACGAAAAACUGUGUUGAACGGGGGGAGGGGGCGGCGAGGAGAGUGCGGUCGUCUUAGUUAAGAAUUUACUUGCCCGACUGUUCAAACUCGUGCUUGAAUCCGUUAAAGGAAAAAAAACGACUGACAAAUAUACUGUUAACUUGUGGCUUAUUGAUGCAGACUCGUAGCUUUCAUAAAUCAGCUCGCUAAGAGGAGACGGAGGGCGAAGGAGACAUGCCACAUAGACGUCCAGACGGUCGUUGGCGUAAAUCUUUGCCCACUCGCUUACAGAUGCCGGCAACGGUAUGGAGAAGAACCGCACUUUACUGUCGGUAGACUGUGGAUCGUGUCACACAUGAUUGGCGAUAAGGGGAGUUUUGCGGGUGGUGAUGCCGACAAAACGCAGGAAAUUGCAGAAAUUGAUUAAAUAUGUUCCGAAGGGCUCAUCGUACGUUCUCGUACGACAUUGGAAAUGAGCGCGGUAAUAAAAAAUAUAAAAAGGAGUUUGAGCGAUGGUUGAAGCCAUGGGAAGUGAUUGUUAUUGGCAGUGAAAUGUCUGCAAAGGUACGCGAUGGGAAGCUAAAAUGAAAGCCCCCAUGACGUGAUUCAGGUUCUGCCGUCGGUUAAGCGGGGUCCUUCUCCAUACCAUUGCCAGAUGCUAAUACAAACGACUGAAUCGGUAUAAGUAAACACCAGAGUUGGCAAAUAUUCAUUCUCUGAAGAUAAAGUCGAACAUGAGUUUGAACCAUCGGGCAAGUCCAUCUAUCUGACCCGAUGAUUUCUGACAGCGAACGAGCCAGAAAUGGCCAUUCUAGUUUCCCUUGUCAUUGAAGUUAUCGAUAUCCUGCUUAUAUUACGUACUGCUAUGCGACUGCUGGCAGGACUCGAGAGACAGAGAGAGAGAGAGAGAGCGAUCCAAGACAAAACUGGACGAGUGGGUUCCGUAAAUCGAUCGUCGCGUCCACCUCUAUCGCCAUAUUAUUCGUCUGAAUAAAUUUCCUGGGUGGAAUGUUUCGGCCUCAUUCAUAGAUGUUAAAAUGGGUACUGACUGGCAGGAGGACGGUAGGAUAGGAUUUGACAUGAAUAAAAUCACAUAGAAUAUGGUGCACUAUCUAUCAUGGGUGAAGUACCAUGCUCUAGAUCUGGAGUUCUUACAAACUGUCGUAUAGGUAGUAAUCAGGGUCGCGGAAGAGACAAAGGAGACCUCAGCCAGCCAGUCAUUGCCCCAAGUCCCGUCUGGCAUCUGAUAUUCGAACAUGAGUUGACUGGUUAUCGCACAUUUGCAAAUCAAACACCUAAGCACCAGAGACACGAGUUCAUGCCAUGUCUGUUGCGAUUGGAAAUGUCCAGACACAUACGGAUGUGACGUCUGUCCAACCUUUGAGGUCUGAGUAUAAAUCCCUCAUAGAUAGUUGCGCAAUGACGAGCAACCUGUCAGAGGGACAUGCUUCUGGGAAAGGCAAGAAGACUUUAAAUAUCAUUUUUGCAGAUAGAAAAAGUUACUGAACGCCACUCCCGUGUGUCCGCGUGGUCCCAAUCGUGUCGGGUACGGUAGAACGUUUGGCUUGAAGGUGCGGUGUGACCAACAGACUCGUGAUCAGUUCUUAGCUGAUUAUUCGUGGCGGACUGACGACUUACAUGAGUGUACUCGAUGUCUACGGUUGGUUACUUUCAAAUCCACGGUACAGAAACCGGCGAACCAGUGCUCGGAACCUCGACACGCAGCCAUCACACCCGCUUUACCUGUCCGCAAUCUUCAGGUACAUUCGUUUACCGGCAUGGGUCUACUCAGCCACAUUCGCCUCCAUGCAAAUUUGCCGUACAACUACGCAGACCAACCCUUAUCUCCAAAAGGCUUCCUACCGGCACGUAUCCCAUGCAUAAACUCCUUCCACAUCGCCCACCACAGGCACAAAAUAGGCACCUCUCACAUAAGUGGGAAGCGUGUUCUUUGGAUGCUUCUCCAUAUAGCCUCAAUGGUCCUUUAACGCACGUGAAGUCCCAGCAGCUCGCUCCAUUGGUGUAAAAACCUGAUGUGUUGUGGUACCUGAGGAAGUCUGGUGUGACUCGCGUAGACAGACUGUUUCAACAAUGUCAGCAACUGCGUUCCAGCUGUGUGUUUGUGUGGAAUGGCCAAAUGGUUGACCAAAACCUUAUUUAAUGGCUACUUCUCCAUGUGGCCUGUAUGGAACCUUUUCGCACGUGAGAUCCAAGCGGAUCAUCCUUUAUGUAAACUUGGUUUAUCGCGUGGAGGGCAGGUCAUGUGGAGCACAUGCAGAUACACUGGGCCCAAUACCCGCCUCAGAUGACCGACUGGCUCCGUCAGUGAGAGAGAGAGAAGAGAUUGAGGUUGAUUCUCUCGACUUGGUCCCAGCGCAUUCAGGACAUAUUCCUCACUACAAACAAUCCAACGUGCUUUUAAAUUAUCAUUGUUCGCUAAAAUCCGUGACAUGAAAGCCUUUCAAUACUGACGGGAUGAGUUUGUACCUCUCUCAGGACUGAGAGUCGGACUGCAACACCUCCUCCCUCAUGUAGCGUCUAUGGCGAUCCCAACGGGUUUGGAUCCGAGCCCCUUUCUUGUGUGUACAAAAAUCCGAUCAAUCGUGUAGGAACCAGGCGUGUGUGACACGCGUAGACGGGUUUUUUAAAAUUAUUUCAGCCACUGCGCCUGAUCCCGUCUCCGAGUUUCUUUGGUUUGUCAUCACAAAGGGCCUACGUGUGCGGUGGAGGAGGGUGUGCAGCAGAUGCGACGAAAGUCUACCAUCAAUAUAAAUUAACUCAUGCGCAAAUCACACCGUCCCUGUGCGAAAUUGGCUGUGAGACACGCAGUGACUAUCGUCGGUGAAAACGGUCGAACCUUGUCUGCAAGGCCAACAAAUGCCUUUUCGUCUCUAAGGUCCAGAUGUGAUAUUUCAUCAAAUACUAAUUUUUCACAUCCGGUCCUCCAUCAGGGGCUUGACUGUAUUGACGGUGUCAACGGCCCAGUUUCAGCUUGCGUCUUUGUGGCCGGUAGCUACCCAUUCAUCCUGUAUCUAUCGCAAGAUCCGGUAUAGUUUAACCGUUCGGGGCAUGUGUAACUAAUGGUAUAUGGUGCGUUCUCUAUUAAGAGUUAACAUUUAAUUACCUCCGCAUAGGAUUCUUUCUCCUGCCUACAGGAUUGGUUUCUUCCGUUGUGUCCUGUUGUUUUUUUCCGCUGCCUACCUAUCCUACUAAUAGUGCCCUUCGUCCGUCAAUUAUUACGGCAAUCAGUGCAGCCGCAAGCACGCCACUAGAUCGUUUUAACACCACCUCUCCAGUAAAACUGACUUCUAGUGUCCUCCACCUCCACCACCUCCUUCUCCUGCUUCUUCUUCUUCUCCUCAUUCUUCUUCCACUUUUUCGGCAGUCUACUGUUUAUUUGCCCAUCAAAGCCACAAGAGAGGCGGCGGGGCAAAUUUGCUAAUCUUUGGAUGUAGUGGGAAAAUCACAUUAGUGGCGUAUGAGUCAGCGUGCAAACCAAGAGUCGCUUGUUCUACUGCCUGCGUCAAAAAACAAUCUCGAAUACGGCGACGACGACAGGCAGGCGGGGAACGUGGCGAGGGCGCUUCACAAUCAGUCCCAGGUAGCUGGACUGCAGAAAUUAAAAGACUUUUUUACGCCACGGUAGCUGGUAUUACGCUGCGGAGCGUCGUUUAGCCGAUGCCUCUACUUCAAGCGGCAGAAAGGACUGCAAAUCCAGGCACUGAUCGGUGUUGUUUGUUGAAUUCCCUUUUUAAUGCCUUUGACUGGCGGCAGAAAAGGCGUCUGUUUAAAGCUAGGGAUAAAAAGGACGAUGAAAGAACAACGGCUUCUCAGCCUGCCAAAGCCAUAGCGAGGAGGCGGGUCCUGGAAACUAGCUCACCCGUGAGAGUUUUGAGGGUGAAUUUUCAAUUCCCGGCAUGUCGACCGUCACUGGUUGACCAUGUUCCAACCCCAGGCUGAGAAACUCGUGGGCGGAAUCGAAAUCCAGUUAUUUAUUAAGCGAUGCUCUAUCGGCUUACGAGAAUUAAGAAAUCAUCAGUCCAUGAACGUUUGGUUAAAUUAUAAAACUUCGAACUGAAGAAACCACUCGAUUCCUGAAUCCUCUACUUAGACCUCGUUGAACCGUUAAUAUUCAUGGUAGCCAAUAGGUGCAGAUUUCAACCUCUACAUUUUAAAACCCCAGGAUGAGGACUUCCAAGGCGCCAUUAAAAGGCAGAUGUGGAGCACUCCGUAAAUUAUGGCCAGACACAACUCGAGAGCGAAGAGCUGGUUGUUAUACGUUAAACCUAUCAGCGGAGUUUAUAAUAGUUUUCGAAGGAUAGGCAACUUGCAGAAAAAUUAGUUACGUAAGAAUGAAGGACAAUCUUUGACCUAGGAAAUUACGCCUCUCAUGGAUAACAUGGGAUAAUCGGUGAGGAUUCGGAAGGUUCGACAGAACACUACAGAUACGCCGGCUGAAUCCCACUAACAUGACCAGGUAAAUAAAUUCACUCGUCGCCGAAAUCAACUGACAAAGGGAUGGUCGUUUUCAUGAUUCUGAGAACCGCUUUAGAUGGAAGAUACAUAUUCAUGAGUAAGUAUUUGUCUUUAUAAUAAACAAUUGAGAGUCUUUGAGGAGCGACGUCUGCCAAUAUCAGUAAUUCUAAUACCUCAGAACUCUUACCAAGGGCCAACAGUUUACCAGAUCACCAGAAAACGUUAACCAGCAAAUAAUAGUUGCGAAAAUGAGGGCUAAAUAUUCACCGGGUGACAAUUUUCUUUCUAACAGACGUUUCAGUGUGAAUACGACAGGCCUGGGAGUCCGACUUUUUGGUCAUUUAGAACAGAGUCAUCGACACGCAUUUCUUAUCACAGACUUGAAAACGGAUCAUGCGCCAAACAUGCGGACAAUUGCAUGUUUGUGUCUGAUUAUGCGCGGACGAAAUUCCUGUGCUGGCGAAACUUUGCUCUAGAUUUUUCGCUUAUGGCCGUCCGCCUGGACAAGGUUCGAGUGAAAAUCUGGGACUUUCUUUCAAUGUCUCUUUCGUGACGCGCUUUUUUGAGAGUCAUAUUUGGGACUUUGAAGUUUUCCGAAUAAAAGGAUUUUUCGCAGAGCAAACAAGAGUGCGAUCGCAGUGCAGUCGCGCUAGCACUCUAGGCAGGCAGAGAGGGUUCUUUUCGGCCUAACCCGUGAAAUUGUAUUUUCAUUUAGUGUGUGUGGUUUUUGUUCAGCCGAUUUUGUCAAUCAGGUGUUGGAAAGCUCAUGCGUUUAUGAGUUCACCUUCGAAUACUCGAUCCUCGCAAACAACGACCUUCAUCACGAAGUGAGCACAGGAAAGUGACUUACGCGUGAAUAAGUCUGUACCGAGACAGGCUUACAAAAUAGCCGUCUCACUCUCCUCUCUUUCACCCAUCUUGGGUCAGAUGUAGUUAUGUAGCCCCGUCAGAAGUGAACAAACCCCAGCCAUCUGUCAUACGGGACCGGAGGUGAUAGGGGUAUUUACAGGUGGGGCCGAGGCACGCACAGGCGACGAGUUCAAGUAGUUAUACGUAAAAGAAAAGCUAUUGGUUGUACUUUGAGUGGAAUAAUUCCAACCUCUGACACCUAAUUCUUACCCCUUACCCCUAAUCAUCAUCCCUAACCAAAACAUCAUCCCCAACAGUAUUGUGUCUAUCAGAUGGGGCUACAUGACCACAUCUUACCUCACAUUCCUCUGACGGGAAGAAGGUAGGUACGACAGCUAACUAGCCCCUCUAAGCGUGCCAUACACGACCUAGAUCCACAUUCAAGUACCAGGCUCCCGAAGGGUCUGUGUGAACUUCACAUAGUUGUGGGUGUUCGAAAGCCGCGUUCAAAAGCAGUUACUGAGUCCGAGUCGCAGUCCUAAGAAGAACCGAGCUAGCAUAUCAGUUAGCAAUCCAAGCCACGAAAUUUAACGCAUCGUAGUAGGUUCAUGCGUGUUAUGCGGAUGGAUUCCCCGGGGACGGGCCUCAUUCUCUUUUCUCACUCCUAUUCGCCAAUCGUCUGUCUGAGUCUGUUAAUCGGCCGGUGAUUGGAGUGGGCGCAAUGGCUGAGGCCUGCGUCUGGCGGACAACGACCUUCCUCUCUCAUGUAGGCACUAAGUAGGAGCACGCGCGCAGACUGGUUAACGCGCGCCGUGGGCCAGUGUGACCGUCGUUUUGGUCCAGCACUAUUAUAACGCAGCUCCUUUAAGGGGGUGGUCAAAAUCAAGACACCUAACACAGUUGGCUCCACUUUCUGGCAGGAUGCGAAAUAGACAGCCCGAGGUUACUGCAACGCAUAAGAUCUGCCCAAUCAGGUAGGAGUCAACAACUGCUGUUGGCUCGAGCAAUGCGAUGCAAUGCGUACUGCGUCACAAUGGAUUUGAAGCUAAGAAGAUGCACUAAGGCAGGGCAGCAACAGGAGCUUUGAGCGCGAAGAUUCCGGUUAAAUAACAACCUGCGACAUGCAAAAGUUCGGCCGGCGCAAGCGAUGAUGUCCACCGUGUGUCCCGCAGACGGGCCGCAGAACGGUUACUUACGCAUGAAUUCGUUUGUAAUGAGGCGCACUUGCACAGCAUCUAACUCACGCUCUCCUCCCCCACCUAUCUGUCCCUGGUAGUAAAUCAUUGUCAUGGCGACCGGCGGUUUCAUCGAUUACAGUGGCCGACAACGCAAAACGGCCCCUCUACACAUGCUGCAUAUGAUCUGACCUCCGCAUGAUGCAUCCAGUUGUACAAGGCAAAGGCGACAAAGCACGCAGAAUUUACUGACGUCAUAAAUUUCGAGACCUCUCAUUCAGCUGCACACGGUCAUUGCAUAGUUAUAUGACAAGGCAAACUGUUCAAUCAACGAUCGACCUAGAGAGAUAAAACGUGAAAGGUAACCUGAAGCAGGAUCUAGUAUGCGGGUGCAUAUGGCGAGGGGGGAGGGGGAGGGGGAGAGAAGUCGUCCAAGUAUGAGAGAACUUGUGCGGCGUGAUUUAGAGUGCAACGUGCGGGGAGCAUUCAGUCAUGCCGGGGAGAGGGGGGCGGGUGGGGGCGAAAUGAGAAGGCGUACAUGGGAACAGGGUUUCGUCCAUAAUCGAUAAUUACCAUGGCAGUGCCAGGUUUAUCACAUGGUCCAGCUGCUUACAGAGUUCUGGUUUCCUCCUCCGUAUUGCAGCGGCCUCUGCAAAGCGCAAGAGACGCCCGGUCGUUGCCCGAAACAGGACCUUGAAUGCAACCAUUGGGUCCACCGUAUGGCCCGUGUCCACUAGGUGCUUUGUGAUUGAGCUCCUGGGUACCUUAUUUUCCGCCUUAAGCAGCCACUUCGGCAUGUGUUCAGCUGACCGAGCUACCAACUGCCUUUGCGUGCGCCCAAUGUACUUGUAUCCGCAACUACAUGUAAACUCAUAAAUACAGUUUGAUGUGGCGUGCAUAGGCAAAAUGUCUUUAGCUGGUCUAACUGGGAUGGCGGUUGUGGUGCUUAUGAACAACAAUUUAGAGGCGGCAUACGUCCUUUCGAUAGUGCACCGAAGUCGUCGCUUGAUCACAUUUGACACGUUAUCACCCUUGAAGGGGAGGUAGAUGGUCAAGGACUAUUUAGGUACAGAUAUUUCUUCAGGAGUUUCUUGUCUGGGAUGGCGAUAUUUAUCGAUGAAUUUCUCCGGAUACCCAUUUGCAAGAAAAACGUUCUUUAGGAAAGUAAGCUCGUCAUCGAUCGUAUCUGAGGAGCAAAUUCUGGUGGCUUUAUUGAACAGGCACAAAACCAAGUUUCGUUUUCUCUGAAUUAGAACGAAACUGAGGAAGUGCAUGUAUUGUCCUUUCCAGGUGGGUUUUCGACAGAUGGAUCUCUGAAUAGAGCCAUCUGCCCACCUACGCACAAGAAUAUCCAGGAAAGGCAGUGUGACAUUCUUCUCAUGCUCGAUCGUAAAUUUGAUCUUUGCAUGUGCUUUGUUCAGAGCCUUGAGUAGUAGUUCUCUGUCGCCUGGGUUUCUGACUAUAGCGAAAAUGUCAUCCACAUAUCGCCUAUAGAAUGAGGCUCGUUGUAAGUUCCGAGCUAGUUUUCGCUCUAGAUUAGCAUCCAGUUGUCACGGUAGCAAGGAGGACGGAUCGGAUCUCGCGACACUGGGAGUGCUUUAGAGGCUAUAUUUAGAAGGGAACACUGACUCUGACGCUAUAUCCACCGGACAGCUAUCUUACAUGCACACAGUAUUGACCACGGGGUACGUAUUUAUUUAUCGUGUCCGUCGUCUCAGGACAUAUUGCUAUACAAGUACUUAAGCUUCCGUUGAAGUCUUUAACGUGUCCAAAAUCAUUGGUGGAUUUUAAAGUUAUUAUGAGUUCGUGUAAUUUGGUAACUUCUGAAAACACUUCCCGUUUUUCACCUUAUAUAUGUCAUGUUAUAUAUUACACGUCCCUUACGCCUUUUAAAUUUUAAAAUACUUGGUCUAUACCCAACCCGCAGAUAACGUUUGGCUGUCACAGAUACUUUUUACUCACAUGCUACCCACAUACAGAGAGUUGUAAUGCUCUUUUUCGCAGUGACCUGGGGAGUGUUGCAAAAUUUAAAUUAUGCUGUAGCGACGCUGUCAUGAUGCUAGAGUUACUUUCACUGGGUUAGUUGUCAAGAAGGCCGAAACAAAAGGUUUUGAUAAAGGCGGCAUGCAAACGCGCCUCUCUACGUACGGAUACGGCAGAAACUCCCUUCAGCGUGCAAACUGAUUUUACUUGAUUCAUUGCAAUAGUGAAGUGGCUGAUACAGAGAAUAUGGGCUUUUCAUUGUUGUUGUUGUGACUACAUAAAAUCCCUGCUUUCCAACUGCAACUCCCAAGGUUCUUUAACGCGUGGAAACAACUUGCUUUGGUAAAUCUCACGCUCUAUGGUUUACGCGCAUGUCCAGAAAAGUAACACGACGUAAAAGUUCUCUGGAGAACUGAAGUGAGCUCAAUCUAACUCAAUUUAUCGGGCUUAGGCCACAGACACCGACGCGCGUCUUUGAUUGCCUAUCUCACAAGGCCGGUUUGAGUCAAGGAGGACAAAAAUGAACGCCUGGUGCAAAGCCGGUUUCACUGAAAGCUGGCAAGCUAACAGAAACACGCAGUUCGAUAACAGCUUGCGAUCAGUCUCGUCCAUGUUGUGUCUCCACUUUUGUAAACUUUUGCGCGCAAAAGGCCGCUAUCUAAUAGGAAUCUCCACGUAAACCGAUAAAGGCAACUAAGCUGUAACAUUUUGCUGAGUUAGCUCUGAUGUAGAGUCUGGAAAAAGAGCUACUCACAGUAAAUUGCAUUACAAUUCACUGCGUUGGAAUUCCAGGCAAUGCGAGAAGGUUGACAGCGGGCGUGGGCAAUACCGGAGAUCACAGUUAAGUAGUGAGUCACAGCUGAAUCCUUAAGACUUUAAAUCAUCAGGACUGCCCACAACGAUUCUUUCCAGAGCGAUGCAGUUACAACAAAACAGGUCGCUAACUAAACCGCGCAGAGCUGUAUAAACAAGUAUAAGUGAAUCUGACUGACAUUUAAAUGCAGCUUAUCACUUGAGUACGACAGUUCAUGCCGAUGUCUAUAUUCCUAGUGGUUUCAGUCGUUGUUCAUGAUUGAAUACUACACAAUAAAUACCAGUUUUGGAAAAACUCCUCGACGCGGUAUUUGACUAUUUGGCAGACCGGGCAUAACGAGGGCAAACUAUGCGAUUCCUAGGACUUAAAAAGAUGCAUAUAGUUCUUCGGGAAUGCUACGCUCCUAGUUAAUAAGUACUAGGUUUCUUCGUGCCUUUGUUUGUCGGAAUUUAGUAGCCCUAACUUUGAGAGGUUCAAGUAGGGUGAGGUAGUCCCGGUUCCAACAUUCCUUCGGGGCAAUAAGAUGUUUUGUUUUGUGUUCGUGACGUUUCUCGCAGAAAAAAGGACAUUUUGGCCUCGAGGGAAAGAUAUCGCGCGAAGUUAGAAUUAUAAUCCCGGAUAAUGUGAAAAUAAAUAGAACUGGGGCAGUCAGUGAUUUAAAAGGCAGUGCUGCUUUUCAUUUAAGCGAGGGCUCUGUGUGACAGGGUUCUACUAUCACAAAUUUUUAUGACCGAAUCUUCAUCGGAGCAUAUUACGAUGUGAAAUUACCGACUUUCACCGCCUCUGAUGGAUCGCAAAUCUCUUAAAACAUUACAGCUACAAACAGGAACGACGAAGACUCACAUCGCCUUUUAUCAGCAUCAACCCAGUCGUCUUCAGUACAUGUGCUUGCAAACGAUACGCGCUGGGCGCAAGAGGAGAUACGGCAACACUGAGAUUCCUCCCGUAUCUCACUGGUGGAGUUGAGAGAUGUAAUCCGCUGACAUAUUUGUGGACCUUUUGUAGACAUGAAAAUGGUGCGAAUUCUUGGGUGGGUUCAUUAAUAGAAACUACGUCCUGCUGAAGCCAAUCAAAAUCACCCAUUUUGCUAUGGAUAAUGCCGUGAUUUUAAGCGGACUACCUGGACAAAAUUGUUAUAAACUUUGAAAAGUCUUAUGUCAAAAUCCCGGGUACUUCUUCUUGCUCCAAAGCUCAGUACGUUGUAAAAUUUUAUUCCUGUACUGGAGCGAAAGAAUUCUAUGUUUUUUAAUGCAGACACACCCAAAAUUAACAUUCCAUGCUUGACGACGAUGAUGAUGAUGAUGAUGGUCGUGGUCUUUGACAGAAGUACGCUUUUAAAGAUUUGGUAACCACAACGAACUCUUUAGUAAUCAUGGCAGUGCAGCUCAUGUCUGCUUUUAUGGCCGUCAUUAUGUAUUCAGUGGGCAGUUGGCAGACAGCGUCGACUACAGGACGUCAGUACUUAGGUCUGUUCAGUGUAUGCUUAUUUUGGCACAUGUAGAGGCCGAAAGUUUGUUUUUGACCAAAGGAGGUGGGAGUGAAUGAAUACUUUUUCUGCCCUCAAAUUCUUCCCCAUUCUCAGUUACACUGCUUACGACUCUUCAUUUUCUCUUAAACAUGGAAGAUGAGGUAUGCUUGUCAGCGACGUUGUUUACAUGCUCGCUCAACAGUGUACUUUAACUCUUCUUGUGGCCAAAAUGAACUAUGACGCCGAUUUUCAUGCAGUAUUAAUAAACCUUCAAAAUCAGUCGUCAGAUCUGCAGGUAGAAGCGAGCAGGCGAGUUCCAGGAAGCUGCUCAGAAGAAGGGAGUGCGUUCGCUCAGACAAAUAGUUUAGUGGGCCUGUGUUUUUUACGUACAUGAGGCAAAAAGUCAUUAUGCAUUUACGCUGGUCGACCGUGAGCUUGUGGUAUACUAGUUUAAUACUCUGCAAGUCUGUUCCUAUCAGUAUUUAUUGCGGACGAUUUACAAAAUCCGUUAAGAUACUGAAGCACGGUUUAAAGCUAACCUAAUACAGUUUGAGUUUUUCUGCAUGAUACCUGUUCCUUGAAAUUCUCACUCAUAUAAUGUUUGCAAGACAGCUUGGUUCCUACGUUGAUGGGUGCACUGAAGAAUGAACCCGAUCAUGAGAGUAGAAGUCAAGUUCAUUGGGGAAAAUCGUCUAAUAUGACGCAUAGCAAAAGCAUUUGAUAGUUUAAUCGCCACAAGCGGCAACGUGCACUACGAGUUCCAGAGAGAGAGUGCAGCGCCGGUGACCUGGGCGUGAAUUAGUUUAUAGUGAUGAAGACUUGCACUGAAUUUAUCGCACUCUUUCUCACCUCAAGCGAUCCGCUCGGUUGGCAGAACAGUGUUAGACGCUGGACGCGGGUAAACUGACUGACCAGGGCCGACAGCCUGACAGCUACACACGAAAUGGUGCACCUUGCUCGUGUCAGACUACUACUGCGCAGGCGCCUCGCAGGUCACAUGCGUGAGAGGGCCAAAACGGGCACACUGAGAAGGACCCAGUGAAGCCUGACUUUCAAUCGUCCGGUCAGCUCAAAGCACUCCCAUAGGGAUCGGGUUUUCCUCUCAGUUGUCAGCAAUCUAAGUGACAACUGUUAACGCGUCCUGAUGGAUUCAUGCGCAUUAAAUUUUCAAUAAUGAAGGCGACGCUGAUUUGCUCUGAGGAUGGUUUCCCCAGUCUCGCCCUAACUCCCGCUUGUUAUCACCUGGUGGCCGCCCCACAGACGCUGACCAUAAAGUCCUGGCAUUUACAAUGUCUGAGCUAUCUCCAGAAUCGUUAACCGAAAUUCUAAAAUGGGCUUUCAGGUGUAGAGGACUACUCAGGUGGUGUUAUAGAUUUUGAAUAUCUUGCAGUAAAACCAUCGGAUAUUGCUGUCCCGUCAAGAUGGCGGCUUUUGAAUAAGCCUCUUUUGGUUGCCUGUAAAGACCACAUUUUAAAUAAAGUGGGUUUUCAAGUAGUGUGGUUAUUGUCCAUUAAUUUAUGUUAGGCCUGUAGAUCCAAAUGUAUUGUUUAUAGGAAACGGGCACAAAUAUUCCCUUUUGUACAUAUCUGGUGGAAAAUUAUGCCUUUCUUUAAUUUUAACGUCCAGAAAAGUAUUUUCCAAUGCAAAAAGUUUACACUUGAAAAAGUUUUCAAAACUGUGAAAUAUUCAUUUAUACAGCAUUGUAUCUAAACGCUUAUUAAUGCCGCAUUUGAAGACUGUACCAUGGCCAAUGUUCAACGCAAAACUACAUAAACCCUAUAUUUUGCCUUCCUAGUUGCGUAGGUAGGCAAUUAACCUUCUUGGACAGAAAAAAAGUGCAGCGCAAGUGCAACUGCCGGUCGCGUUUAAAGUUAUUCCGGGAUUUAAAAAAAGUAUUCUUUUAACUCAAAGAGGACUCUUUCUUCAAGUACUAAAUUUGAAGAGGGCAUAAUUGUCUACCAAACUAUUACAGAAAAGUAUAUUUGAGUGCAUAUUUGCCAUAAAAUAUAUUUUGAUUUGUAUAAACAUUUAAAAUUAGGAGAAAAAGUAGUACUACCUAAGUAGCCACUUUGACGCGAAUGUUGUCUUUGAAGACGUCAGAAAGAAAGAGCAUUCAAAAGCCAGUAUCAUGACGAUUAGUUUUAAAACACUGCUAUCAUUUUUAUUUGAAACCUCAUUUAAAAAAUUUCGUUAACAUUCCAUAAGGUAGGCCAACUAAUGUUUAUAUUGUUUUCAUAGAUUUUUUGGCAGACCUAUUUAAUUAGCAUGGUCCAAUUGGGAAUAAGAUACCCAGGGUGUGUGUUUUUUGAUAAGUUUUAUUUCAGCCCCAUCCAGGUAUUCCUUCAUUAACUAAAACAAGACUUAGAAUUUCGACCAGCAUUUCAUGAGAGGACCGGACACUGAAACCCUUAGCCUACUUAGUUUUAAAGUUUUCGCUGAACUCUUUGAGUCCCGGAGUCGCGUUCCGGCACGUCACAUGGGAAUAACUAUAACCGAUCCAGCGCGACAACAGGGUGGAUCUUCAAGUAUGGGUAUUUUAGAGAGUUUUAUCGUUCACUUUACCUAUAGCCAUCUGUAAAAGUCACUAGUUUAAAGGCCUUCAAGUUUGCCCAUCCUCAGUUAGCUCCUUUAUUAAUAAUUUCCAGUACUUAUUGGCUAUUAUUGAACCUAUUCCGAUUUUAAUGGAAGGAAUAGACUGAUGAACACGCAAGUGACCUCAUGUACACGCCACUUUCAGCCCCUUAGGCCAUUCCUGAUAACUUACAAUCAUUACGAACAAAUACAGUUUGUCAUCACUCACCUUCCCACCAACGUUUGACAAAAAAUGCCUUCGUCUGACAGCAUGACUCCUCGGCCUUUUAGUCCGCGUUAACCUCUCAUUUUCUCUCCCUUUCUCUCUGAAAUAGAUGCCAUUUUUGUAUUGCCGAUUACGUCGUUCUUGUUGAAAAACUGCCUUCUCUCAUAUGGAAUCACUUCUCAACAUGUGCAAGUUGCUUUCAUACCGAAGUUAACGUCUAAUGAACGUCUGGCUAAGGCGUGUUUGACUCGCUUCACUUGAUACAUUUUGAAGUUUUUAUUGAAGUGGGCGUGGUGGUAUACUUGAGUGUUUUAAAGCGUUACCUCUAUGAAAAUGUCUCUGCCAUCACGUUCGGAGGAGUGCCAUAAAUAUAGUGACAAAGCCAACAACAAGCAAAAUUUAUCUGAGUGUGUGCAAAAUCGAGACAAGUUGACUCCACGAGAAGAGCUUUUUAAGCCAUUUCUGAAACUCCUUCCUAGAAAAAAUCGCGCUCGAGGUGGCAUAACGUUCUUGAACACGAACACUUAAAUGUGUCCGCCUCGAUGAACUUUAGAAAAGGUGUUGCUGUCUGAAAAAAAAUUGAACUUCUUUCAUUAUUGAAUUCGAUUGCUUAGAAUUGAAGGUUGAAACGAGAAAAUUACUUAGCCAGGGCUACGAAACAUCAGCGUGCUCCAAAGGUCGGGGAAAAAGACUUAAAUUCAUAGAUACAUCUUCAAGCGGAAAGUUAUGAAUGAACGUUACGUCUGUAAUCUUUACCCAUGUUGCCAACAGCCGCUGAGCACUUGCUUGCACACAGGUCUAGGUCAGGUUAUAUUUCUCUCAAAUUUUGCCUGAAAAAUCAACGCAAAGAGGACGAAAUUAUUACCGCCUGAUAGCCCUAUACAAGUCGACUUUCCAUCCGAAAGCCUGUUUCUCACGGACCAGUUGACGUAACGGCCUCCCACGUUGCUUACGUGCAGUGAGCACUUCUUCCCUGUGCACUGCCCCUCCCAGCUUUUAGUCCCUUUCUAGAUUUUUCAAAUUUACCUCUCUUUAUUAUCCUCCGGACCAUAAAACAGACCAUCUAAGGGGCGACGACUUCAAAUCUUGCAGUUUUAACUGAUAGUUGAGCUGCCUGUCUAGAAUUUUCUAUGCCUCCUUUUGAAGGACGUAAAAAUCUUCCCAGGGACGCCCUUCCCUUACAUGAUUUGUUGAAAUGUUAAAAUAAAACCAGAUCCCGAGGCAACAGGUUCGCAUAGUAUAAAUCCAAAAGUCAGUCCGAAUAAUUAGGGCCAUAAAGUAGGUAAUGCCAAAGGUCUUGGUUAAUUAGACCGCUUUAUGGUUCUUGAAGCUCGAAACCCAAAUAAACACAAGGAAUGGAAUAAUAACGUUAAUAUGAUUUGGAAGCCUUGACAAGGCCUAGGGCAGGUAUUCUGCUUGGCCAAGCUUUAUAACUUUUUUGUCCCAAAAAUGAGAAUGGCGUUAUCGUUGGUCAUUUUCAAAUAUUCUGCUUAUCUGCUGAUAACUUCCGCUGCAGGAUAAUGUCUACUAAAGUGCGCCUCUAAAAUAUAAAAUAGAAGGGAAGUUGUUGACAAUGAAGAUGUGUUGUAGGCAAAGUGGGAAAAAACGAUGUAGAAGACAACAAUGCAUAUGCAACCGAGUUGUGUUGGCGAUAGAGAAACCGACAUUGAAAUGGUCAUUUUUUCGUUUAUUUGUCGAUGAUCAUACGAUGAGGUCCCUAUUCAGGGGUGAAUAGGCUAAAAUUGAGCUAGCACUGCGCAUUAAAAACAGGCAAGAAACGGUCAUUAUGAUUUAGCUGCCUUUGUUAAUAAGUCUCAUCGAUCUUUGGCCGCUAGUCGCCAUCCGACUGCUCAAAGACAAAACGGAAAUGCCUACUUCCUUCCUUUACAAGGCUCUACACGUCACGCCUACGUGCUGGAAAAUGUCAGAAAAGUUGCCAAAUUAAAAGGCGGAAAUAGGAAAACGGGCGAAAUUACUGAGUCGUCGUUAUAAGGGGAAUAUGGCACGAAAAAACCAAUGAAUAAAGCUGAAGGUAUAAAACUUCGCCGAUAGGGAUUUUGAGGACUCACAUAUUUCAACCGAUGUCAGAGCUUUAGCGAAAUUGGGCAAAGGUUUGCUUCUGGGUCAUGCAGUCAUUUUCAGGCGAACACAAUUACUCCUUAAUCAUGAGACAGGAUAGAGGAUGAAUUUGAAAGCACUCAAGUCCUCCGAAUCGUGCUACCGCCUUUUAUUAACUACGAUAUAGCAAUGUCUGUUAUCUCCACGCCUCCAGAUCGAGCCCUCAGACUUGCAUUCGGCUUUGAAUAAGGAAGAUUUAAUCGAUAAAUACUUGCUGUAAUUUAAACUAUCAACGACCAUAUUUUCACUGUAAUCAAAAUUCAUCUCUUAAAAGUACCCUUGAGUCCGGUUAAGUUUCAUCUUACCUUGUGAAAAACAUUGUUUCAGAACCGCUGUCAUGCUUACAUGAACGCUUUUGGAAGGUUCUUAAUCUGAUAAAGAGACCUAUGCUUAAAUUGCUUCUCGAUUGUCCAGAGGCGCGCGUUUACAAGGACAGGCGAAAUUUCUUCGCAGUCACAACUUAGGGAAUAAUGUUUAGCUAAUAGGUGGGGGGUUUCAGACUGAUAGACCUAUUGAAUGGCCUCUUGUCUUGCCGACAUCCAUCUCUAUUCUGACCCUGGCAUGAUAGUGUUCGAACACAUGCACAGUAUUUAGCUCAUCUCGCGAAAUGUUAAGUGAAAUUUGAAAUGUCUUGUUAAUAAAGAAAGGAUUUUUUGGCUGGACUGUUCUAUCGAUUAGCAUGCAUCAUAACCCCAAAAUGUUUCGGUGACGCUAGGAAGUCGGUUUUUGAGUAGGACUCCUUUCGGCUGUCUGCAAAAAUCAUACUGGAAAGGAAUGAUUACCUAAUUAUUAGGACUUGUUCCAAUGAUUUGCAAUACCAAUAUAAUACAGGUACACGUCUUAGAGGACUUGCAGAAAAUCAUCUUUUAUUAUACUCAUUUAGUAGCAACUUAGGCCUCCUUUGGAGUGUGUACUCGUAAAAAGAUUCCUCUAGUUUUCCAAAAACCUGUUCUACUCCCGAAUAAUCUUAUAUAGGAGUUGAAUUUAGGCCUGUGUUUGCGUAAGCCAUAAAUUUCUCCCCAGUAUUAAGGAGACGCUAUGCGGGUCUCAGAGAAUUUUAUUAUUGAUGCGGAUCAUUUUGUAUACAUCGUAAGCAACACAACUAAGCGCAGAGAUGCAAUGUCACCUAAAUGGAGAAUUUACAAUCUUAAAAAAUGCCAUGAUUUCAAAUGUCUCUUAAUUUAAAGCUACACUUUUUUCAAACUGAAUGUUUGAUGAAGUCAUAGUUUGCUACCUACUGAGUGUAAAAAGGAAUAUUUUAUGCACGCUCUCAAAAAUAUACUACAGUUUGUAAGGACGUCAAUAUCGACGGACAAACACACUAAUUAAAUAUUCUUCAAUUACCGUGGGUGGCCCUUGCAGGCCGCUGAGGAAAGCUCGUCUAACAACCAGCGUUCUGUCAUGACUGACAUAUUCUGGAAUCAUGCUGCAUGAUGAUCAAUGUAACGGCACUACCUAAGUAAUCUUUUCUAAUUUAAAAGGCACCUCACAAUUUCGGUUAGCAUUUUACAAGCCAAGUCUGUCAGUGUAAGAAGAAAGCAAAGUUUUUUUGGCGUCGAAAAAUGUAAAAUAUCGAAGAAAAGUAGUCAACAGUGACAAAAGGGAACUAGUUAUUUGCAAGACCGAGCUAAAAAUGCUUAGGCAUUAGCAGUGUUAUCCAAUCGACUUGGAAUUCGUUUAGGACACUAUUACUGAGUUAACAACAAGCGGACGAACCCCUCAUUGUUUUCUAAAUGAAUGAAUGACCAUCUUUAACUGUGAAGGAUAGACGAAACUUUUAAAUGGCAUUCAGACCGGAAAACGUCAAACCACUGUUCUUAAAUAAGAAAGAUUUUCAUUUGGCUCACUGAAAUUCCAUGACACAGUGCUCACUACUUCGCCUUCAGCUAAGUAGGUUUCUUGUGGGGUUUGAUUUAUUCUACUGUAUGUUAACAACUACACAACUUAGAUGGCUGGACUGCAGAGACCGAGGCAACGGCAUUAACAAUAUUCUGCUGUAGGCCGUUCGGGCAAAUUUAGGUGAAGCAAAGUUUUAUGGACUAGGAGGAUAAGCUGGGCAACGUCACUUCGAGGCCUCAUAACGUGUAGGUCACUUUUCCUAAGUGCCAAAUGAAUUAAGUCGGGAUGGGCAUAUAGAAAAUCGAUGAGACGGUCUUCGCAAAAGUGGGCUGACCGCUCCAAAAGAGCUUGAGUCUACUCGCAAAAUUCAUGAUGUUGCGACAUUCCGGGGGGUUUUGUAGGCUAGUUGAUUUUAGAAAGUUAGUGGGAAAUUUACCCAGAGCACAUAUUUACAAAAAUACAAUACUAUACUACUGGCUGCCUGUUGGCGGUUUGUGAAUAUUAAGCGGCUAUUCCGCAGUAGCUGAUAAAUUUCAGCUCAAAUAUUCAUAUCAAAUUUCGGACCGUGCCUGAAAAGGCCUGUUUCGAAAGAGUUACUCCAAGUUCGCGCAUUAAUUUCCUCGGAAAUUAAGCAAGGCAAAUACAAUUUUUGUUCUUUUAUGUGAGGUUUAACCCCCGUUCUCCAUUAUAAGGGUGAUUUCGAAUGCGCAAAAUGCGAUUGUUCAACAUUGUGAGUCCGAAAGAAAGUGUAGCCCGGAUAAGUCAUCUGCAGGCAAUUUUUCGCGUGAGAUUUAAUGGAAGCAAAUCCAGCGAUACGCGCUGCACGAUGCUGAUGUUCUAAAGAAGUCAGAGAAAGUAUGGCAGGUUUUGCGAGAACACUUAUUGCGUGCGAGAUUUUUAUCCUCCAGCUGCAGUAAAAGUGGUCUAGAUUAAUCAUGGAAAAAGCAUAUAGAGAUUAUACCAGCAAUUGGUAGCAGAUAGCAAUUAUCAGAAUAAACAGUCAUUAAACAGGUUACUGAGCGAACUGCGCGAGUGAAUCUCAACAAUGACGUAAGAAUUUUCGAAUGUUUUAAAAAGUGGUCAGUUAGUUAGCAGAUGAUUUUUCAUGAGUUUUUGCUAAAACUCAUGAUUUAAUAGUCUUACGCACAUUAACGGCCAUUUCUCUGCUCCUCAUCCCGACUGUCUUCGUAAAUAUUUGCCACACUCCAGCUUGCAAGGAAAUCAGUAGAACAAAAUAUUAAACUGGGUUCAUGUUAAUGAUGCAACUUACAUUUACAUAUUAGACACAUGUUCCCAAAAUCCUCUGGUUCAAAGAUAUUACUAAGCUCACUUUGGUUUUGCAAAAUGGGAUAAAAGUACAAACGUUCAUUUUCAACUUUUAAAUUGAAAUUGACAUGGCGAUUGGAGGAAAUUGAUAUUGAAAUAUCUGCUCAAAGUCCACCAGACAACAAUUUCCGUUGUUGUAUGCAGACUUUAUUGCUCAUGCUUUUGAAGGAUUGCUCACCUGAACCCACAACCCAUUGCAUCUGAGUCCGUAGAACAUGAAGCGACCUAAAAUGCUCCAUUAUCGCUGUAAUGAAUGCUAUAGUUGACUUCCACCGCACAAAUGUACCUGGAUAUGCCAUAUGGAUGAGAAGUGGGCUACUAUUUUAAUUGUUUAUUUUGACCGUAAAUUUUUUUGACAGGCACUUUCGUAGCUGGGAAAUCUACUAAAUUUGGAAUCUGUAAAAAGAGUAAUAGAUCUAGAAGCUCCAACACUCAUAACAAGCACUAUUUAAAAUAAGUUGUCUUUAUUCGUGUUUAAUGAAAUUCAAACUUGGUAUACAUCUUAACUUAGGAAGGAAAUGAACGGGUCGACAUUUCCGGUUGAAUAACUUAGUCAUAGUUGCGUAAUCAAUCGUUCUCUUCACGGAACGAAAAUUGAGGUCUAUUUUUCUCUUCCUAAUUGUAAGUUACUGCAGCAGCGGGCUGCAUCAUAUUCUUCCCUGCCGUAAUACCACUCUGCAGAGAGCAGAGGUCCAGGAUCAACAGCAUUGACCACUAAUGGGUGAAUAAGUGGGAUACCAUUCAGGGCAGUCAUUCAACUGUGAGCCCGUCGGCCACAAUGGCAGGCACAACCUGAAUAGGGCGUCGACGGAACGACGGUCCAUUUCACCCUUUCGGUUGUAGAGAAAGAGGUGUGGGGUGAGACCUGCGCAUGCAGCACGUUCAGCGGUAGGUCUUUUCAGCAUUUCCAAAAAUCCCGCCCGACUGCCUCUGUGAGUGCGGUGAAGGUUAUCACGCCCUCUCGGUCGGGCAUCCCAACAUAUUACGGGUGGCCCCGACGCUAAAUUCCAGUAGGGUAUCCACGUCAUUGUUCCGACCUUAACGAACACUAACGUCAAACCUGACCCUAUUACCUCUAACCACACUAACCCUACCACCAGUCCAACCCUUACCCUAGCCUGUCCUGGGAAGUUGACAUAAAAUCACUUCACCCUCCCCUUAACAAUCUUCAGACUCUGCACUGUUUGAACUCAUGGCAGGGACUCGAUCAGAACUUCUCGGCGACCAGCUAUUCGGCCUAUUUUUGCACAGAUUCCCCGGGUGCCCUCGAAACUGGGCCCCAAAUUUAAGUCUUUUCAUAAGUAGUCUGUUUUUGGCUCAUACUUCCAUUACCGCAGUUCGAUCGUUUCGCCUUACAGAAAGCGGGGCUUUCUGGAGAAGGUUACAAUUGAAAUUGCCAUAACCUCUGGGGCUGAGAACCCGGUCCGAGUCUACGCACAUGUUCGUAUCAUAAGGAAUGCUCAGUUCGUCCGUAUUCAACUUCAGUUUAAGGAAGAAAUCUUGGUCCUCUUCGAACUUACCCUUAACGUCGCCGCUGUCAGUUGUGUUAUUUAUGACGUACAGUGCGUGACCGAUCUCAUGAUGUAUUAGCCAAAAUUCUGAAAUGCGCUUUCGAUUAGGAAGGAUAACUUAGGUGGGAUUGUAACAAGCAGCACAAUACUGUAGUAUUUCGAACAGAUUAGGAUGUCGGCUUUUGAAUUCACUUCUUUUUGACCUUUCGCGAAGCCACACUUGAUAAAAAUGUCUGCUUAAGUAACGCGCAUUUUUCCUAUUGAUUGUCGAUGGUUUUAUAAGUUCGGAUAUAUUUUCUAGAACACCCGCAUUAAACAAAUGCUGUUUACAGUGCGUGACCUAUCUCAUGAAAUGUUGGCUGAAAUUCUGAAAUGCGUUUUCAAUUUGGAAGGAUUACUUGGUCGCGGUUGUGAUACUGAUUAUCCUAAGACAUACUGUUAUAACAUUUUGGACUCGGCAAGAUGUCGGCUUUUAAAUGCACUCCUUUUUAAUCUCCUGUAGAAAGCGUGCUCGGUAAAAAUGAUUACUUAAGUAGCAUGCAUUUUUCCCAUUGAUUUUCGAUGGUUUUGGAAAUUCAGAUAUAUUUCAUAGAAACGACAAACAAAAAUAUGCUUUCUUUUAGUCAAUCAAUAGAGAAUCACGUCUUCUUUAUAUUUUAUACUUAAGGAAGGAGUAUAAUUAGGUUUUAAAAAAGUUUCUAAUUAUGAGACUUUUUAAGACCGCGAUAUGUCCAUUCACAUAGCAUCGUACCUGGCAGUUUACCACUGCUCCUCAUGAAAUGUAUAACAUGGUCCUCAUCCAUUGCAAAAUUUUAUGGACCCUGUAUAAUAUCUCUUUAAUGACAUAGAAAAAUAUGGGAUUUUCUUUACACGGAACGCAUGCACCUUGUAGAGUGUAAUCAAUAAGCGCUAAUGCAACGAAUAAUCAGACUCCAAAUUUUUCGACAAUUAGAACACUUUUUGAAAACCUUGUUAUACUCCUUCCUUAAGUAUAAAAUAUGAAGAAGACGUGAUUCUCUAUUGAUUGACUAAAAGAAAGCAUAUUUUUGUUUGUCGUUUCUAUAAAAUAUAUCUGAAUUUCCAAGACAAUCGAAAAUCAAUGGGAAAAAUGCAUGCUACUUAAGUAAUCAUUUUUACCGAGCACGCUUUCUACAGGAGAUUAAAAAGGAGUGCAUUUAAAAGCCGACAUCUUGCCGAGUCCAAAAUGUUAUAACAGUAUGUCUUAGGAUAAUCAGUAUCACAACCGCGAUCAAGUAAUCCUUCCAAAUUGAAAACGCAUUUCAGCAUUUCAGCCAACAUUUCAUGAGAUAGGUCACGCACUGUACUUCUUUAGUGGUGAAUCACAUUGCCUCCAUAUUAUGUAUCCGAAGAAAGUGUAUAUUUAGGCUAUAAAAUGGUUUCCAAAAAGUUUCCCAGUUCCCGAAUAAUUUUAAGCAUAAUCUGCAAUUGCAUCAACGUUUAGCUUUCCACUCAAGGAAAAUAAUGUACUUCUUUAUGCCUUUAAGACGAUGCCAUAUAGAGUUCAUAAAGUUUCGCAAUCGAUCCAGACCGUGUUAUCCACCUCAUGAGGAGCAUUGGUAAACGGACAUGUGCUCUCCUGUAUACAUGGACAUCGCACAGACUUACAAAUCUCAUAAUUAGGAACCUCUUUAAAACCUGGAGGUACACUUUCUUCGGGUAUAAAAUAUGAAGGCAAUGUGUUUUACCACUGAAGAAGUAAACAGCAUACUUUUAAUGCGUGUUUUCUAGAAAAUAUAUCUGAACUUAUAAAACCAUCGACAAUCAAUAGGAAAAAUGCGCGCUACUUAAGCAGACAUUUUUAUCAAGUGUGGCUUCGCAAAAGGUCAAAAGGAAGUGCAUUUAAAAGGCGACAUCCUGGUGUGUCCGAAAGGCAAUAGGAUUUUGCUGCAUACUAAUGCAUAUUACAACCCCACCUAAGUUAUCCUUCCUAAUUGAAAGCUCAUUUCAGAAUUUUGGCUAAUAUUCCAUGAUAUCGGUCACGCAUUGUAGGCAUUCGGAGUCGCCGCCGACGUCCGUAGUGGCGGACCGGCUGUUAUUACCUUUAUUAGGUUAUUACUAAGGUCGCGAUAAAUGAGUCCCAAGCCUGUAGUUUAAAUCUCACAAUGCGUAAACUUUCCCGGUGUCGAUAACUUAAGCGUAGGUUUCCUGCGAUUUCACAUUUUCCGGCGACUCUGAAGACAAUAUACUGCGGAGAAUGAUAAACCGACAAAAACAGUAAUGAUAUUAAUAGAGUAUCACUAGUGUUAGGGGGCGAUUACCGAUCGUUCAUACGGAACUCACUCGUUCCGUUGUGCCUUAUGGACUCUCUCGAGCCCAACCAGCAGUCGCACAGCGGCGCAUGAUAUAUAGGCAGAAUGGUGGCCCGGUGGGUAGAGGCGUGGACUUCUAAACCAACAGGUCGCGAGUUCGAGGCUCGGGUUUUCCACACUUCGGGCUUGGGUAUGACUGAUUGACGACGGCUAAUAAGCCAGAAAUGGCCAUUCCAGUCUCCCUUGUCUUUGUCGGUAAUACCAUUCUGCCUAUAUAGAGUAUCACUACUUCACAACUAGCUAGAUACUACUGCCUCCUACGUCAACUGUCGGUCACAUGGGAACCCCUACAGGCUGCCACCGAGGUGCCUUUCAGCUGACGGUGCUGCUACCUUACGAAGGAAAUAUGUUAGACACCUUUUUCUUAUUUCUCCCUUAUAGUGAUGGCAACGAACUCGAAUAAGUCUAUGCAGCGUUGGGCGGUCUUUGACCAGACCUUUACUGUUCACACCUCUCUCCCUGUCUGUCCCUUCGGACCUAAGGCAAGGAUGACGGUUUUCCUGUAAUGCGUAGGCCGUGUGAUGACGGAGGUAAUUUCUAAGCAAAUUGGAUUAUAGUGGGGAACACAAGUCCUGCAUCAUUGACCUACCUCCGUUCGGUUCUCAUUGUGUUUUACUGACAAGGCUGAGGGAGAAGAGACAUAGAGAUGACUGAAAAGUAGAUUAGACGAAGAGACUGGCAGGGUCUGCACCUUCGCCCUCAUGGCAGACAGUCUGGACCGUCCUGCUGUCUAACCACACUCCACACGCUCUCGUCCUGUUCAGCCCUUAAGGUUGCCCUGACGUUGCCAGCUGUCAUGCUGCAGUUUCCUUUAAUCUGAGAGCAUUGAGCGUGCAUAAGCAAUUGGAUAAACCUCCAUGCUAAGCCCUCCGGAAGGUUUUUGAAAGCCGGCAGACAUCUUUGUUUCAGUACUUUGAGGGAACAGCUUGUUCGUCAUUGCACUCUAAGUUGACCGAUUUUACAGUAAAACUGCAUUACCGCACUGAUUGGACGCGAUAAAAGCUAAGAAAUCCUGCCACAAUGCAGGAGCAUACUAUAAGGGCUGUUUUUUAAUUAUUGGCAACCAGCAGCUAGUGAGCUUGGUUAGUGGCAGCCCUAUGGAAGCGAAAAUAAGCCACUAAGACAAUGCACGGAGGAACAUGCGUGCAGCAGAUUUCUCCCCAUGCUAGCGUUCAGUUGACAGCCAAAAGCUCUCUCGCAGUCGGCGGUUCUAUAGUGUGUGAAUAAUUGGAUAACAAGUCAAUAAAGUAUCUACUCUGUCAGAUCGUCUCUCUUAUGUGUAACAUGUUCGGAAUUAAUCCAUUGGAAGUUAUGCAGUGAAGUUGACCAGUCUGACUCAGCUCUCUGCCGAACUAACAGAAUGUCCAAGGCGGUAAAAACCCAAAGCAUGUAUAUCGUUAUGAUUCCUGUACACGCGCAGUAUGCGAACGAACUCAUGAAAUGAGACGAUCAAUUGCGGACAAAUGCAUGCUACAAAUUUUCCUUAUUCGUCUAGCCUAUUCCAGAAAAUGUCCCUUUUGAAUGCCCCCUAUGUUUAUAGGUAAUUUCCAAGUGAAAAAUCUCAAAAAUUUUUCAGUGCAGGAUGUGGAGUUAAGUCUCCCGGACAUGACUUUUCUGAGGCAGGCCCGAGAUUUCAAUGAACAUUUGAGUAGAGCAUGAUCGACUUCUGUGUCAUAACUACGCAAUGUCCAUUUUAUAAAUGAGUAGUACUAAAAGUAGUAUGGAAUGCAUAUGCCAGAGAUACUAUACCAUACUCCCGACAUAGAUACUAACUAAAACCCCCAGGCACAUGUUUUCCCGACAUUCUGCCGCUGCGUGACACAGCUGCGAGGCGUUCGGCUCCUCGUUUGUAUAAUGGGCAUUACGUGUUUAGGCCACAGUAGUCGAUUGUCUUUGACUCAAAUGUUCGUUGAAAUUUUGGGUGUGACCCUAAAAGGUCAUGUCUCGGAGAUUUAACUCCAUGUCCUGCACUGAAUAAUUUCUGAAAUCAUUCACUUGAUCAUUGUCUGGAGUAUAUAUAUAUAUAUAUCAGAAAUCGCAAAGAGGACGCUGGGGUACCCACUGAUGAUCCGAACCCCUCACAGCUGUGUCACUCAGCGGCAGAAUGUCGGUGAAACACGUGUCUGGGCUUUCAUUUAGUAGCUGUGCCGCGAGUACGGUAUAAUAUCUUUGAUAAAUAAUUGUACUAGUCAAAGUUUUAUUAUUUUUGGCGGAAAGUUGCAUCAUAUCGUGCUCCGCUAGUUCGCCAUGCUGAUAUCUAUCCUAGUCUAAGUUUGAACAUCCAUUCAUAUUCUUCUAUGAGAAGAGUGUAAGCCAGCCUCCCGUUUUCCAAGUGUAGCUUGCCGCGUUUAACAGUUGAUUUCUUUCGCCAUGUAAACCAGUUAGAGUGCGGUGUAUGGGGGCAGGUUAUUUUUGGGAAAUGAAAUGUUUUGUCGAUUUUAAAGAGUCGAAUUUGCGAACCUAUGGGACAGCAUGCCACAUAACGCAGUAAUAACUCGUACUUACGAUAUUUUGUUUAAAUGUUCUAGUACUUUUUGGCCUUUGCGAAUAAUCAAUAACUUGCCGCAAGAAGACUCUUAAUAAAAUGAUGUAGUAGGGAACGUUUCUAAUUGAUCUAAGGCAUAUCCAGUGGCGUCUUGUAUUUUAGGUGUCCGUUUUUCUCGUCGAUGAGUGCACAUGUUUGGAUGAGUUGACAAAUACGACCCAACAGACCGUGUGCGUUAGAGAAAGUGUUCAAGAAUUCACUAUGUCCGUAAAUGCUUUCGAGAGUCGACAUUUAAGGGCAAUCGAUUGGAAACACGGAAAUCAUGAAGCAUUAGCCACCCUUUAAAGGAUCAUCUGUAACUCAUCGUGCUCCAGCAUGAAAACUAACCAUAAAGAAAUUUGUCAGAAAUGUCAUGUUUGCGAUUGCAUCUGCGCAUUAUUUUUAAACUUAUUGAUCAUUGAUUGGCAUAGCAAAAUGCGCCUAAUGAAAACUUUUCCCUGUGGCAUUUCUGUUGGUGAAAUCAAGCAAAAACCUAUUUGAUUUAGUCGACUACAUGGGCUUUCUCUCAUGGACAUGCGUGUCGUGUGCACAAUACAUGUAUACCUACCUCGAAUAAAAAGGCCUCGUUUCUUCACGGCUACCUGAUGUACAUGUAUAUGGGUAGGGAAAGAUUCCCCAGUCUUGUCACGAUAGACUCUACCAAAGGUGGUACAUGAUAUCAUGUGGACGACUCCUUUUCCAUCAGAAUAGCCAACCGCAUCAUUAUGGCGUACAGACUGGGUAGAGAAUGUAACUGUAUGCUUGUGCAGUAUACUGGUCAAGUGUUGUGGCACGCCUAGGUGCGGGUCCGGCCGUGCCAGCCACCUGCACUCUCUCCCACCUCCUAUUUCUUGACUCUGUCUUGACACCGGGCUCAGGUUGGAGGAGGAGGAGGAGGAGGAGGAGGAGGAGGAGGAGGAGGAAGAGGAGUGGGGACGGUAAAUGCCACACUAGCUUUCUCUCUCUUGUCACCGUGCUUGAUCUCACCUUGUUGUGAAACUCGAAGAGGACAUCAUUUGACGCGACGACCUAACUGUCAUGCUUGUGGGGUAACAGUAUCUGGUGCUUUUCGGAUGUCUUUCGACCAGCUGAGACACAUUCUUCGCACGAGUGACAGUGGGUCAGCUGGUUGGUUUCAAAGUCUGGGUGGUCGUAGCACCCAAAUCACUCUUUUUCUUGGACUGCUUUUGACGGACAAAGUCUGGGGGACAUAUGCUUUGCGAAAAUAGUUCAAAAGGUAUUUUGUUUCUGUUCGAUAAACUACUUCAUCGGAACAGUGCAUUUUAGUUCGACUCAGUUAGGUGUCAGCAAAGUCACCUUUGCGGGAGAUUGACUCAUUGCUCCUAAGGAAGGUACGAUAGCCUCCGAGUAUGUUAUUGUGCGAUAAACUGAUGCCUACAGCCGUCCAUCAGUCUUUCUGCGUGCUAGGACAUAUGAGAAUGUGGGUUGUCCAUCAGCCUCUUCCUCGAAGGUAAGUUGAGUUUCUGGAAAAAUGAAGUUAAGUGCGUUGUGGGGUAGUUCUGACUGAUUUGUUUGACAGUAACGAAGACGCCGUCUAUGUUGACUACGUGCAUAAUUGAGCAAGCUUUUCCCUGUACUGUGCCUCAGGCUAGGCAAAGAGUCGUAACAAAGAACGUCAGCGAAGCUAUUUAUAAUUCGUCCUCAUAUGGGUGUGUCGCCAGCUGACGAACGCAACGCCUGGUUUUCUGGCCAGUCUGAAUAACAUUACGCGGUCAUUAAGUCUCGACGGCGCUUGCCGAGCAGUUCGAUGACGGGGUGCCUUGUGAGCAUUGACGGCUCAGGCUAAGAAGUGCGUAUUUCGAAGACAUUUAUGCGACAUUUUGGACUAAGCGGACGCGUUAUAACUGAAUUUUGCCUUCUACCUGAGGCCUAUUUGCAUCAAGGAAGAGUUGGCAAAGAUCUGCGGCUUUGGAAUAGUAACUGCCAUUUGUAAAUUCAUUCCUCCUUUAUCUCAGUAUCCCAAAACCAACCACCCCUGGAAUCAGAAGCACACGAGGGCACAAGUCUGCGCUCUGUCAUCGUGAUCCGGGGACGAGUAAUUAGCACUUUUGACGUCAGAGGAUCGAAUAGCCCAGACUACGAACAA